AUGGAUGUCAUUCAGCACUUAAUUGCACUAGAGCAGUCUAUUGUAGGUCUUAACUGUACUAGAGCAGUCUACUACUGCAUCGACGUAGACAUUGGGACUGAGUCAUGUGGCUCUUUUGACGACAAAGCUUGCUACGUCACGUGCUCAUCCCGUCACAUCGUUCAGAUUACGGGUUGCUCCGUCACGAUCAACGUCACGUGUGACGUGGACAACGUAAAGGGGCGUUACGUGCGUGUGCGCCAGAAUAGCGCCGCUGCUCUGGAGCUCUGUGACCUUAAGGUCAUGGGGUAUCUUGACCUCGGCAAAGAUUCAAGAAAUUUUGCUUUGAAUGCACCAUGCACCCAAAGCACAACAUACAAUGACUGGCAACCAGGACGAGCGGUUGACGGAAACAGAAAUGGUAAUCAGAACAGACUUUCAUGCAGCCACACCACUUUUACCCCCAGCCACUGGUGGCGAGUGGACUUGAGGAAGCUGAUACUCGUGUCCCUCAUCAUCAUCGCCAACCGCCAGGACUGCUGCAGUGACAGACUGGCCAACUUCACCGUGGAGCUGGGUCGUCUGGAGUCCAACGGCAGCAUCACCUACACGCUGUGUCGUUACCAUGACGGCGUUGCUGGACCCCUGACGACCCUGAACUGCACGCGGUCCAUCUGGGGUCAGUUUGUCCGCAUAUCAAAACUGGGGCCACCCCUGACACUGUGUGAAGUGGAAGUUUAUGGCGACACCGACGCCAAUAACACAGAACUACUGUCAGAGAUGAUAACGCCAGGUACUUCAUACGACGACAACAACGGAACGGACGAGUCAACAACGCUUCUAGAAGUCAGAAGGGAGUCCACAAUGUUUGUCAGAGACACUGAUGGGACUACAGUGUCCACAGGACUUACAAGAGCCACUGAUGGGACUACGGUGUCCACAGGACUUACAAGAGCCACUGAUGGGACUACGGUGUCCACAGGACUUACAAGAGCCACUGAUGGGACUACGGUGUCCACAGGACUUACAAGAGCCACUGAUGGGACUACAGUGUCCACAGGACUUACAAGAGCAACUGAUGGGACUACGGUGUCCACAGGACUUACAAGAGAUACUGAUGGGACUACAGAGUCCACAGGACUUACAAGAGAUACUCAUGAGACUACAGUGUCCACAGCACUUACAAGAGACACUGAUGAGACUACAAUGUCCACAGGACUUACAAGAAACACUGAUGGGACUACAAUGUCCACAGGACUUACAACAGAGACGAGGGCAACUGCAGAAUUGACGCCUCACCUUGAAGAGAGCAUUGUGCCAACAUCAUUUACAAAUACAAAACACUACUACUGCCGGUGUAGAUUUGAACCCGCCAAACAAAAUAAAAGCCAGCAAGAAGCUGAAGAAGUGGUGCAGAUGACUGAGGAACUGAAGGUCCAGCAUCUCACCUUGGGCAAGCAGAUCCGCAAGAAGUCCAGCGCCGCUGACCUGCGAAUAUCUUCAACAGUCAUGGGGAUAGUCGUCACCGCAGUUAUCUCCUUCAUCUUGCUGUCAUCGUCAUGUGUGACCUCCUUCCUUUUUGUCAGUUUUUGUUCCACAAGGAAAAGAUAG